AGCAGAAACAAAAUUUUGGGUUAUAGAUAAAAAAAUUGGAGCUAUGGACAAAAGCUGGGGCGGGCUCCUCACUGUGGACACCCUUAAAUAAACAAGUCGCCACUCUCAACUUCAAUAAAAUCCUCUCUCUCUCGAUCCAAAUUCUGAAAUUCCAAUCCGAUUCAAUCACAAAAUCCAUUUCCGCCGCCGCUGAUGCCGAUGCCGUCUCCGGAGCAGCCGUUCAAGUGGCACUACGCCGAAUUCGACGACCGCAACUUCCAAAUCCGCGGCCACACCCUCUUCUUCGUCGUCGUCCUCUUCUCCGUCAUCCUCCUCGUCGCCCUCCUCUUCCUCUACGCCCGCUGGGUCUGCCGCUUCUCCUCCUCCCCGCCUCCCUCCCCCUCCGCCUCCGCCUCCGCCUCACGCGCCCAGCCUCCCCACGCGCUGCCGCGUGGCCUCGACGCCGCCUCCAUCGCCAGCCUCCCCAUCGUCCUCCACAGCCAAACCGAGUCGAUCAGCUCUGACGGCGAGUGCUGCAUAUGCCUCGGAGUAUUCGGCGACGGAGACAAGGUGAAGCUGCUGCCGCGGUGCCGGCAUUGCUUCCACUCCGAGUGCGUCGACAUGUGGCUCGUGACUCACUCGAGUUGCCCGCUCUGCCGCGCCGCCAUCCGAGUCGACUCGCCUGUUUGACUCGCUGUUUUCAUUUUUGGAUUUUAUUUUCUUAUUUCAGGGGGGAAAAAAGGAGGCCCUCAAAACGGGGGGAGAUUCUUUUGCUCUUUUUUUGCAUAGAUUUAAGGAGAAUCUAUUUUGCUGGGAUAUUGCAUUGUGGAUAAUUGGAUAAUUUUAAAAUGAAAAUUUAUAUAUAUGGAUAAUUUUGUUGUUG